CACACAAUUGACGUCGAGUCGCAACAGAACCAGGAAACUUCAAACUCUUCAUGUAGCCCUCGAUCCGCCAACAGCAAUGAGUGUCCUCCUCGAAACCUCGGCCGGCGACAUCGUCAUCGACCUCCUCACAGACUACUCCCCCAAGCUCUGCGAAAAAAAUACGUGAAGAAACCAAUACUAAGAUCUUAUUCCCCUCUCCUAGCUUCCUGAAGCUGUGCAAGAUCAAAUACUACAACUUCUCGCCGAUCCACAGUGUACAGAAGAACUUCUCCUUCCAGACCGGUGACCCCCUAGGCCCCUUCUCCAAAGACAGCGAUGGCGGCUCCUCGAUAUGGGGUGUGGUCGAUGGGCCUGCGAAACGGACAUUCCCAGCGAAUUUCCACCCCAAAUUGAAGCAUGCGGAGAGAGGGACAGUGAGCAUGGCCACGGCUCAAUCGACAAGGGAUCCGGAGGAGAGACUUGCUGGCAGCCAGUUCAUAAUUACUCUAGGCGACGACCUGGACUUUUUGGAUGGAAAGGCAGCGAUAUUUGGGAAAGUUGUGGAGGGAUUUGAUGCGUUGGAGAAGAUCAAUGAUGCGUUUUGCGACGAAAAGGGUCGGCCAUUGGUGGAUAUACGAAUCAAGCAUACAGUUAUACUGGACGACCCCUACGAUGAUCCCAAAGGACUUAUGGAGCCACCUGAGAGCCCUCUACCUUCUAAGGCGCAACUAGCUACUGUACGGAUUGGAGAGGACGAUAAGCUGGACGAUGAAUUAGAUCCCGAAGCAGUAGAGAAGCAGCGACGAGAGAGAGAGGCAAGAGCACAAGCUCUGACCCUGGAAAUGGUUGGAGAUCUGCCAUUCGCAGAGGUUAAACCACCGGAAAACGUACUUUUCGUGUGCAAGCUCAACCCAGUGACAACGGAUGAGGAUCUCGAGUUGAUCUUCAGUCGGUUCGGCAAGAUCCUCUCCUGCGAAGUCAUCCGCGACAAGCGCACCGGUGACUCUCUUCAAUACUCCUUUAUCGAAUAUGAGGACCAGACGUCCUGCGAACAAGCAUAUUUCAAGAUGCAAGGCGUUCUGAUUGACGACCACCGUAUCCAUGUCGAUUUCUCGCAAUCAGUGUCUAAACUGAGCGAUACGUGGCGGACGGCUACAAAUUCGAAGCGGAGACAUGGCGGGGGUGGAUUCGGUGGUGUCAGUGGCCUGGAGAAGAGAAGGCAGUAUAAAGUCGAAGGUAGGGAGAGGAGAGACAGAUAUGGCAUGGUGUACGAUGAGGACGAGCUGCGGAGGAGACAUGAAAGGGAAGGGAAGUCUAGCGCGGAUACGAGGGAGAGAAGUAGAUCGAGAAGCCCGCAAAGGGAUAAGGGGUACGACCGGAGGGGAAGCAGAGGCGAUGAUAGCUAUAGAGGAGGCCGAGACCGAGAUCGUGAUCGAUAUGAUAGUCGUGGCGGAAGCAGUCGGAGCGAGAAGAGAGAUGAUAGCUACAGACGAAGAUAAGAAUAUUUGCAUGGCAUGAAAUAAAAAUAAAGCUCCGCAAUAUCGUAAACCCAAUUGUUGUUCUGCAAUUAAGCCCAAAAUUCAAUGUCAUGCUUUAUUUUGGCGACACAUCACGCAUGUACAGUUUGAUCGAAGUAGUUGGGCGGAUAGAACCCAGUAGGUCAUGG